AUGUCCUGCGCUAAUUGGUCGUACCUGAUCCUGUCGUUCCCGGUCUUAGGCACCGUGUCGCCGACUUCGAGCGGCUGCGAGGUGGCAGUGUCGGCCGACGCGGUCGCGUCGCAGGCGGUCGCGUCGCCAACCGCCAGGCGGCUGCGAUUCCCAGGUAUAAAGCGCGAGUGGGUGUUUUUGCUGCUCGGUUUCAGUUUGUUCUUCAACCUGGCGUAUCAGCGUCCUGGCACAAGGUAG